GGAAGCUACUCUUCGGACUUCCGCUGUCGUUUCCACACGUGCUGUUGUUUAUAUUUGUUGUUUUUGAUAUUUAUUUCUGUAAAAUAUGAGUGGUGAGGGAGACGUUGAAGAAAAUGGCGGUGAGAGAUUAUUGGUACAGUUUAAGUCAGAAGCUGGUGAAGUAGCAGGUGCCCCAUUUGAUCUACCAUUAGAUAUCAGUGUAGACAAACUAGAACUUAUAUGUAAUGCUAUUCUACAAAAGGCAAAGCCAACUCCAUAUUCAUUUUUUGUAAAAGAUGUUGAAAUAACAGAAAAUUUAAAUAAAACAUUAACAAAAGAUCAGUUAGACGAUACAGAGAAAGUUUUAGAUAUUAUAUAUCAGCCACAAGCUAUAUUUCAAGUACGAGCUGUAACUAGAUGUACAGGAACUAUAGAAGGUCAUGCAGAUGCUGUUAUAUCUGUAGCUUUUAGUCCAGAUGGAAGAUAUUUAGCCAGUGGAUCAGGGGAUACAACAGUCAGAUUUUGGGAUGUAAAUACAGAAACACCACAAUUUACUUGCAAAGGUCAUAAACAUUGGAUAUUAUGUAUAGCUUGGUCCCCAGAUGGUUUAAAAUUAGCUUCAGGUUGUAAAAAUAGUCAGAUUUGUAUUUGGGAUCCUAGUACAGGUAAACAAAUUGGAAAAACCUUAACUGGUCAUAAACAAUGGAUAACAUGGUUGACAUGGAAACCGUUACAUAUAGAUCCUGAAUGUAGAUAUUUAGCAAGUGCAUCAAAAGAUGCCACAGUAAAAAUCUGGGAUACAUUAAAAAGUGAAUGUCAUAUAACAUUAUCCGGUCAUUUACAGACAAUAUCAUGUGUUAAAUGGGGUGGUAGUAAUUUAUUAUAUACAUCAUCACAAGACAGAACAAUUAAAGUCUACAGAGCAGAAGAUGGUGUUUUAUGUCGAACAUUACAAGGACAUGGUCAUUGGGUGAAUACUAUGGCAUUAAGUACAGACUAUGUUAUGAGAACCGGUUGGUUUGAUCCAAAGAAUGCAACACUGGUUAAAGAAUUAGUCACAGAUUCAGCUGAGGUUCUUGCUAAGUCAGCUAAACAGAGAUAUGAUGCAGCUAAGGGAACACAACCAGAAAGACUUGUAUCUGGUUCAGAUGAUUUCACGCUAUUUCUAUGGACACCAGAAGUCGAGAAGAAACCAGUUGCAAGAAUGACUGGACAUCAGCAGCUUAUUAAUGAAGUCCAGUUUUCUCCAGACACACGUCUUAUUGCCAGUGCUUCUUUUGAUAAGUCAGUGAAGUUAUGGGAUGGAAGAACAGGGAAAUUUUUAGCAAGUUUACGAGGUCAUGUUAAUAGAGUGUAUCAAGUAGCAUGGUCAGCUGAUAGUAGAUUAAUAUGUUCAGGUAGUUCAGAUUCAACAUUAAAAGUCUGGGAUGUAGAUAAUAAAAAAUUAUUAUUUGAUUUACCAGGUCAUGCUGAUGAGGUCUUUGCUGUAGACUGGAGCCCAGAUGGACAGAGAGUAGCUAGUGGAGGAAAAGAUAAAGUAUUAAAGAUAUGGCGAUCAUGAGACUAGUGUGAAAUUCUAUAUAAAAUGUCAAUUUACUAUCUACAGCAUCUAAAUCAUGAGACAUCAAAACAACAAUUUACUAUCUACAGUAUCCAAAUCAUGAGACAUUAAAACAACAAUUUACCAUCUACAGUAUCUAAAUCUUGAGAUAUUACAACAACAAUUCUAUAGUAUAUGUACAUGACAGUGAAUAUCUUGUAUUCAAUGCAUUUUAUUCUUAAGAGAAGCUGAAGAAAAAUCAAUUCAACUCUGCCUUUGAGUCAAAUUAAUCUAAACUGAAUAAUUGUUAUGUUAAGAAAUUGUAAUUGGACAAAAACGUUGAGAAUAAAUGACUUUUUUUAUUAAUGUA